CCUCUCAUCUUUGGGCUUUUCCUCUCCAUGUACCUGAUCACUGUGUUGGGAAACCUGCUCAUCAUCCUGGCCGUCAGCUCAGACUCCCACCUCCACACACCCAUGUACUUCUUCCUCUCCCACCUGUCCUUUGUGGACAUCUGUUUCACCUCCACCACCAUCCCUAAGUUGCUGGUGAACAUCCAGACUCAGAGCAAAGGUAUAUCCUAUGAAGGAUGCAUCACACAGAUAUAUUUUUCCACACUUUUUGGAGUAUUGGAUGUGUUCCUCCUGACUGUGAUGGCCUAUGAUCGCUUUGUGGCCAUCUGUCACCCCCUGCAGUACAUGGUCAUCAUGCAUCCCUGGCUCUGUGGACUGCUGGUUCUGCUGUCCUGUAUCAUCAGUGUCCUGAAUUCCUUAUUACAUAGCUUAGUUGCAUUGAGACUGUCCUUCUGUACAGACUUGGAAAUCCCCCACUUUUUCUGUGAACUCAAUCAGAUGAUCAAACUUGCCUGUUCUGACACCUUUCUUAAUGACAUGGUGAUGUAUUUUACAGCUCUCCUGCUUGGUGGUGGACCUUUUGCUGGUAUCCUUUACUCAUACUCCAGGAUCAUUUCCGGCAUACGUGCAAUGUCAUCAGCUCAGGGGAAGUAUAAAGCAUUUUAUUCUUGUGGAUCUCACCUCUCAGUUGUCUCCUUAUUUUAUUGUACUCUGCUGGGAGUGUAUCUCAGCUCUGCUGUGACCCACAGCUCACAGUCAAGUGCAAUAGCCUCCGUGAUGUACACUGUGGUCACACCCAUGCUGAACCCCUUCAUCUACAGUCUUAGGAAUAAAGACAUCAAACAUGCUCUAAAAGCAUUCUUUUUGAAGCUAACUAUAAACAGACCAAUUGUCCUAAGAUUGAAGAAGUGCCCACAAUUGCAGAGGUCAAAGGCUCACAGUCAGAUAUUGUGA